AGGGCCAAAGAAGAACCCAAAGCACAACCGACACAGUGGUUUCCCUUUAGUGGAAUCACUGAACUGGUAAAUAACGUUCUUCAACCCCAGCAAAAACAACAAAAUGAAAAGGAGCCCCAGACGUAAAAAACUGCACCAGCAGUUUGAAAUGUACAAGGAGCAGGUGAAGAAGAUGGGAGAGGAAUCUCAGCAACAGCAAGAACAGAAAGGUGAUGCCCCGACCUGCGGGAUCUGCCACAAGACCAAGUUUGCCGAUGGGUGUGGUCACAACUGUUCCUAUUGCCAAACCAAGUUCUGUGCGCGCUGUGGAGGCCGGGUGUCGCUGCGCUCAAACAAGGUUAUGUGGGUCUGUAAUCUGUGCCGAAAACAACAAGAAAUCCUCACUAAAUCCGGAGCGUGGUUCUAUAAUAGUGGAUCUCAUAUACCGCAGCAGCCCGAUCAGAGGGCUCCCAGAGGGGUGCGAAACGAGGAAGCGCCUCAGGAGAAGAAAGCAAAGCUCCAGGAGCAGGCCCAGUUCCAGGGGCGCCCCGGAGACUUAUCCGUCCCUGCAGUGGAGAGGAGUCGCUCCCGUGGGCUCACAAGACAGGAGUCUAUUAAAGACGGGGCAGGAGUGAGGCACCAGACUGCCAGCGACACCUCUUCAGACAGGAAAAGAAGUCCGUCAGUGUCCAGAGAUCAGAAGAGAAGAUACGACCAAAGGGAAGAAAGUGAGGAAUACCCCCAGUAUGCUCCGCCUGAUAGCGCAAUGCCUCGAUCUCCAUCAGAUUAUGCUGAGCGGCGACCUCAGCGCGAGCCUCAGUUUUAUGAAGAAUCUGAUCAUUUAAGUUACAGGGGCUCCAACAGGAGAAGUCACAGGCAUUCCAAAGAAUAUAUCGUAGAAGAUGAGGACGUGGAAAGCAGAGAUGAACACGACAGACAGAGGAGGGAGGAGGAGUACCAGGCGCGCUACCGAAGCGAUCCGAAUUUGGCCCGUUAUCCAGUGAAGCCUCAACCCUACGAAGAACAAAUGCGCAUCCACGCCGAGGUGUCCCGCGCGAGGCACGAGAGAAGGCACAGUGACGUCUCUUUGGCUAAUGCUGAGCUAGAAGACUCCAGGGUUUCUCUGCUAAGAAUGGACCGACCGUCGAGGCAAAGGUCUGUGUCUGAACGCAGAGCUGCCAUGGAAAAUCAGAAAUCGUAUUCAAUGGAAAGAACUCGAGAGGCCCAGGGACAAAGUUCUUAUCCACCAAGGACCACAAACCGUAGCCCUCCUACCCCGCGGAGGAGCCCAGUACCAAUCGAUAGACCAGACCUGAGGCGAACUGACUCCUUAAGGAAACAGCACCACUUGGACCCCAGCUCUGCUGUAAGGAAAACGAAAAGGGAAAAAAUGGAAACGAUGUUGAGGAACGAUUCCCUCAGUUCAGACCAGUCAGAGUCAGUGAGACCACCGCCACCAAAGCCUCAUAAAUCAAAGAAAGGAGGCAAAAUACGACAAGUCUCAUUGAGCAGUUCAGAGGAAGAAUUGGCUUCCACACCUGAGUACACGAGUUGUGAUGAUGUGGAGAUCGAAAGUGAGAGUGUAAGUGAAAAAGGGGACAGUCAAAAGGGAAAAAGAAAAAUUAGUGAGCAGGCAGUUUUGUCGGACUCUAACACCAGGUCUGAGAGACAAAAGAAAAUGAUGUACUUUGGUGGCCACUCUUUGGAAGAGGAUUUGGACUGGUCUGAGCCUCAGAUUAAGGAUUCUGGGGUAGAUACCUGUAGUAGCACAACCCUUAACGAGGAGCAUAGCCAUAGAGAUAAGCACCCUGUGACCUGGCAGCCAUCUAAAGAUGGAGAUCGCUUAAUUGGUCGUAUUUUAUUAAAUAAGCGUCUAAAAGAUGGAAGUGUACCUCGAGAUUCUGGAGCAAUGCUUGGCUUAAAGGUUGUAGGAGGAAAGAUGACUGAAUCAGGCCGGCUUUGUGCAUUUAUUACCAAAGUGAAAAAGGGAAGUUUGGCUGAUACCGUGGGUCAUCUCAGACCAGGUGAUGAAGUGUUAGAGUGGAAUGGAAGGCUAUUGCAAGGAGCCACGUUUGAGGAAGUGUACAACAUCAUUCUUGAAUCCAAACCAGAACCGCAGGUGGAGCUCGUUGUUUCAAGACCUAUUGGAGACAUACCUAGAAUUCCUGACAGCACACAUGCACAACUGGAGUCCAGUUCCAGCUCAUUCGAAUCUCAGAAAAUGGAUCGUCCUUCUAUUUCUGUUACUUCUCCCAUGAGUCCUGGUAUGCUGAGGGAUGUUCCACAGUUCUUAUCCGGACAACUCUCAAUAAAACUGUGGUUUGACAAGGUUGGUCACCAAUUAAUAGUUACAAUUUUGGGAGCAAAGGACCUUCCUUCCAGGGAAGAUGGGAGACCCAGGAAUCCUUACGUUAAAAUUUACUUUCUUCCAGAUAGAAGUGAUAAAAACAAGAGGAGAACAAAAACAGUAAAGAAAACAUUGGAACCAAAAUGGAAUCAAACAUUCAUUUAUUCUCCAGUCCACCGAAGGGAAUUUCGGGAACGAAUGCUGGAAAUUACUCUUUGGGAUCAAGCUAGAGUUCGAGAGGAAGAAAGUGAAUUUUUAGGAGAGAUUUUAAUUGAACUAGAAACAGCGUUACUGGAUGAUGAGCCACACUGGUACAAACUCCAGACCCACGAUGUCUCCUCGUUGCCUCUUCCCCACCCAUCUCCGUACCUGCCCCGAAGACAGCUCCAUGAGGACAGCCCAACGCGGAGACUGCAGAGGUCCAAAAGGAUAAGUGAUAGUGAAAUCUCCGACUACGACUGUGACGAUGGGAUCGGUGUCGUAUCAGAUUACCGACACAAUGAUCAAGAUCUUCAAAGCUCAACAUUGUCAGUGCCAGAACAAGUAAUGUCAUCCAGCCAUUGUGCACCGUCAGGGUCUCCUCAUCGAGUGGACGCCCUAGGAAGGACGCGGUCGUGGUCGCCCAGCGUCCCCCCACCCCAGAGUCGGAAUGUGGAACAGGGACUUCGAGGGACACGCAUGGCGCCUGGACAUUAUAAUACAGUUGGCCGAAUGGAGAGACACCGUGUUGUGGACGAUCAUUAUUCUCCAGAGAGAGACAGUCAUUUUCUUACUCUACCUCGCUCCAGACACAGUCAGAGCAAUGGGCACCGUCACAGGGAUUGUGAAGCAGCAGAUAGACAGCCAUAUCACAGAUCCAGACCAACAGAACCGCGGCCUCUCCUUGAGCGGACCACCACCCGCUCCAGAUCCACUGAGCGUCCAGACUCAAACCUCAUGAGGUCGAUGCCUUCAUUAAUGACGGGAAGAUCUGCCCCUCCCUCACCUGCCUUAUCGAGGUCGCACCCGCGCACGGGGUCUGCCCAGACAAGCCCGUCCAGCACUCCCGCGGCAGCACGGAGAGGCCGCCAGCUCCCACAGCUUCCGCCAAAAGGAACGCUGGAGAGAAGUGCUAUGGAUAUAGAGGAGAGAAACCGCCAAAUGAAAAUUAACAAAUACAAACAGGUAGCCGGAUCAGAUCCCAGACUGGAACAAGAUUACCAUUCGAAGUAUCGCUCAGGAUGGGAUCCUCAUAGAGGGGCAGAUAAUAUUUCCACUAAAUCUUCGGACAGUGAUGUAAGUGAUAUAUCUGCGGUGUCCAGGACUAGUAGUGCUUCUCGUUUCAGCAGCACAAGCUACAUGUCAGUCCAAUCAGAAAGGCCGAGAGGAAACAAGAAAAGAAGUGUCUUUACGUCCAAAAUGCAAAGCAGACAAACGGGCGUGCCGGGGAAGAGCGUGACCAAGAGCACCAGCGUCAGCGGCGACUUGUGCCCGCUGGACAAGAACGACGGCAGCCAGUCGGACACGGCGGUGGGCGCCCUGGGCGCGGGUGGCAAGAAGCGGCGCUCCAGCAUCGGGGCCAAGGUGGUCGCGAUCGUGGGCCUCUCCCGGAAGAGUCGCAGCGCCUCGCAGCUCGGCCAGACGGUGAGAAUUCAAGUCAGUGCUUGUGUUGUGGCCGAUGAAGCAGUGAAGUCUAUGUUACUACGGGAGACUCAACCCCGAGGACACAGCAGUGUGGCAGGCGAAGAGCUUCCUGCUCCUAGUGAAAUAUCAGUGCGGAGGACAAAUGCAUCUCUGCGCAGAUGUUCUUUAGCCGGGGAGGAAAUUGACUGCAAUCUCUUGCCUGCCGAAAUAAAAUUGCUGUUAGUCUUAAAGCUUAAGAAAUCUGUCCUCUGGAUGUUUGCCAUUUUGGAAGAGGAUGUGGGAGAGGCUGGGGAGGGCAGCCAUGCGGCUGAAGUACAGACUUUUCAGAGGAGCCCCACUGAGGAGUGUCUUGGAGGCAAGAGUGACAGUGUCUGGGAAAAGGCUUGGGAGAAAUGGGUGGUGAUGAGGUCUGUUUUAGAAGUGGAACCAUCCGAAUUUGGUGAUGACUGGGUGGUGGGGUAUACAGCAGAGGGAGGAGAAGCAGAUUGUCCUUUCUUUGCGAAAGAAGUCAGGAGAGUAGAGGAGAGCUGUGAGAGUCUCGGUGUGGGGGACGUCGUCAUCGCUGGGGCUCAGGAGCGAGCUCUGGGAGCUGAUCCCGUGGUUGGAGCAGUCUGGGUUACCAGUGAGGGUGCAGAAGCAAGGCAUUUUGAAAAGACAGCAGAGAGGUCGGAGCCAGUUGGACACAGGAAGACAGUCUACGGCUUGCGAUUGGCCUCUGAAGUGGGGCAGCAGGUUGGGGCCUGGGCACCCCUGGCCUCUGGCCCAUCUCCGGAGUGUAAGGAGCACCUGGCCGUAGGCCACCCUGCAGGUCUGCUGCUGCAGAACUGCGUGCUGGCUUGCCGAGAAGUCCCACACAUCUGGGGACCAAGAAAUGACUUUGUGGAUCAGAAUGGCUCUGAGAAGCUGCAUGAGUGUCCGACACUGGCAGAAGACGUGGGCAGUCGUGGCUCUGUGACGGUGCGGCUCAGUCACUUGCCUUCCGGGACAGAGACCGGCGUGCUCACGGCACUGAGUGACUUUGCUCCGCACUGCCUGCCCCUCCGGUUUAGACUGGAACACUGCCUGUUACUCAGACGUGAAGCCUUACAGAGCCUGUUAUCAUUUUUAGCGCUGGCCGGCUACUUCCCCUGCAUGAACUCCCCGGAGGAGGACGCAGGUGAGGGGCGAUCGGGCCGCGGGUCCCCUCCUCCCGGUGGGUGGAGGCGGCGGGAGCGCCCCCAAGUCUCGGGUCAGCCUUUGGCCCCAAGGACAGAGAUGCCUGAGAACCCCAGACCUCAGAAUCUAGACUCAGCCAGAGGGCCCGGAGACACUGCAUGCGGGACCGGGAGAGGAGCGGUGGUGCGUGAGCUGCUAGGUGCUGCACACUUGGAGCUUGGUUCCCAGGGCGCAGAGGGCGACCCGGGGCCGUGGACUGGACCAGUGCGGCAGCCACACAGAGGGAAUCUGGAUGUGUGGAGACCCUCACACGAGCUACGUGAAGGUCAUGUGGGCAAUGCACUCAGGAAUGUUACUGCUGUCAGAGCUGAAGCCCGCACUAAUUUACAAAAAAAGGAAUCAUCCCAAUACAUGGUUUUCACACUGGUUGAGAACAACUUGUGUAAAGGAAGCAGUGAUCUGCUACUCUGUGUGAUUCGACUAAAUGAACCAGUCAGUUCAUCCCGGAUGAGGAGUUUCGUUCCCUCGCACGGCCCGAUGUGGUACAGCAGACGGCAGGACUGCGUGCAGAGACUCAGUCCCCAGUGGCACAGGUGGGCGGCUGAAAGGAGGGUGGUUACAGCGAGGCUUACAAACACUGCCACACCGUCUGUCAUGUCUGCUUCAGGAAAGAGUAGGAGAUGCAAACCACCCUGGGCAUUGCCCACCCCACUGGGCGGGCACGGCAAAGACGAAGCGGAGUGCAGUUGGGUGGAUUCCUCUGGGGCCGUCUCUCUCUCCCUCACCCUCGGCAACCACAAAGGCGGCCUGUCCGCGGGGCGCCCUGACCCUCACUGCAGCAAGUGCAGGUCUGGAAAUGCGGUCUCCAUCUCAGAUGUGUCUGCGGCCACUGAGACUGGCUCAGAUGACAGCGUCCAGUCCUUACUCGCCACCGCUUAUCAAAUGCAGUGCCUGCCUGUGAUCUCCAGGUUCACAGAUGAGAGCCCAGAGCUUCAGAAAGGUGCUUAUCAAUGGCCCGAAGUGCCCACCGUGGAGGUGGGUAAAGGUGCAGGAACAGUUCUCACGCUUCAGUCCAAGGAAGCAGCACAGCAGGAGACGGUUAAGUGCAGCAGCGCCAUCACCGAUGACCUGGAACGUCCACCAAAGCCGCCUGUGCUUCCGGAAGGCCAGUGGAGCGAGGGCGCUGUGCCCGCCCGUGGACGAAUCCAAUGGUGGCUGGUUCCCCUCAUCCGACGGGAGCAGCGCUGCAGGCCCGACCCGGCUCGGAUGCGCGCACCUUCCUUCCCUCUUCUGGGUCCCAGCCUCCGCAUUCCACACGCAGCUCCCGACCCCUGCCUGGGCCUCAUCGCUGCUGACCGCAGCUCCUACCUCUGUCCUCUCACGGCGGCUUCGAACGUGACCGUCACCACCACCCUGCCCGGGACCCUGCGGAUCGACUGUCUGCGGCCCAGAGUUAGAGGUCACCUCACGCGCUGUUGGAAGCUCUCCUAUGAAUCAGUCCCCUUUAAGACACUUUUAAGCAUUUGUAAAGAUCAUACAGCCCACCGCCAGCGAAUUAAUGGCCGUGGGCUGUGGCCUCAGGCUCGUGGACACCUGCGCAGUCGAAAAGCGGAUUUGAGUUUCAGUGGUGAAGGCGAAGGCAGCACACAAGGACGACUUUCAUUGUUAUGCAUUUGUUUUGAGGAACAGACUAAACUUGUGAUCCUCCUGCCUCAGUCUCCCAAGUGCCUAAAUUACAAACCGUGCCACCCACUUGGCCACAGCAACAGCUCCUCGGGGAAUCCCAGAGGAAAAGCGGGGUGCCACGGGUGCCACGGGGGCUCGCUCAGCUGUUCGCAUGACGUUUGCCAUAAAAUGGUCUGGAAAGGGCGAUGUAGCUCAGAGGGCUGGAGAGAGAGGCCGUAUCUGGGUGAGCAUGCUUCACACCGAGUGCCAGUCACAGGUGUGGCAGCCAUGCCUACAGGCCCGGAGAGGGACACUUGGAAGCCGAGCCCCGUGUGCGGGCAGGGGCCUUGGGGACUUGGGCAGUCAGCGAGAGCCGCUAUGGGGCCAGCUGCCCUCUGCACACCAGUGCCCUGUGGACAGCGAGAGCUGAGCCACUGUUGCUCUGUCUGCAGCCUGAUCUUCCCUGGCGUCCGCCUGGCCUCCGACAGCCAAUUCAGCGACUUCCUCGACGGCCUGGGCCCCGCGCAGCUGGUGGGGCGCCAGACGCUGGCUACUCCUGCGAUGGGUGACAUCCAGGUGGGAAUGAUGGACAAGAAGGGACAGUUGGAGGUAGAGAUCAUCCGGGCCCGCGGCCUUGUUGUGAAACCAGGUUCCAAGACACUGCCAGCACCCUACGUAAAGGUGUAUCUGUUAGACAACGGAGUCUGCAUAGCCAAAAAGAAGACAAAAGUGGCAAGGAAAACGCUGGAGCCCCUGUACCAGCAGCUGCUGUCCUUCGAAGAGAGCCCACAGGGGAAGGUGUUGCAGAUCAUUGUCUGGGGUGACUAUGGCCGCAUGGACCACAAAUCCUUCAUGGGAGUGGCCCAGAUACUUCUGGAUGAGCUGGAACUGUCCAACAUGGUGAUCGGCUGGUUCAAACUGUUUCCCCCUUCCUCCCUAGUAGACCCCACUUUGGCCCCUCUGACGAGAAGAGCUUCCCAGUCAUCUCUGGAAAGUUCAACGGGACCUUCUUACUCUCGUUCAUAGCAGCUGUAAAACUGUUGUCACAGCAACCAGCGUUACAAAGACCCACAGGUCGCAACCCCUGGUAACACUGCAUGCUAAUGUCGUGUCUUCUGAGCCUGUGUCCAGGGAGCCCGCGUCCUCCGAGGAAGCUGCACACUCUGUGCCCUAGCGAAGGUCCUCAGGCGAUGAGCAGAGCAAGCAGGGCUGUCAGGUCUGGUGUUCGGUGACCCUCGCAUUCUGGUCCCAUCUGAAGCCAUGAGUUAAUCUCAAAGAACCAGUCGGUUUCAUGCAACAAAAGCCCUUUUCAAUGGCACCUUUAUAUUUUUAUCGUUCGUUUUUCUUCAUUUGUCUGACCCAAAGCCCUGGUAUGCCACAGAAAUGGAGCUUUCCAGCCGUAAAGCCGGGUCACAGGUCCAGGAAGCAGCAGGUGGAAAGCAAGAGACCAAAGAAGCCGUCGGGACCGAGUGUCUCCCGCCCCAGCCGGGGACACCACGUGCAGAGCGUCCGGCCACAGCUCACAUGCUAAUGCCGAGAUGCGCUGGGCUCUGGAAACCAAACUCUGUGGCUACCUGUACUGAAUGAAACUAAAGACACUUUUUUUGCAUGGACACAGAUUAGCUGAAUACUUAAAUUAUUUUCUUGGGGCUGCAACUUGCAAAAAAAUAAAAUAAAAUCAGCCAUUUUCAACAGUUUAUAUUAUUUUUAAAAAUAAAUUUCACUAGUGCAUGGUUUUAAAACUGGGAGAGAAUGUGACAGGGUGAUAUACAGACAUACCAUGUUUAUUCUUUAUCAGUCUGUAUUUUGGCAGACAUUACAAACAAAAAUACUUUCUAGAAGAUACUUAAAAUUCUCUUUAUGUGACAAAUAAAUAUAAUAUAUUCAAUUUAUUUCCAUGUUAAAUUUACAAAUCUUACGAAGUUCACUAUGUACAAAUUUUUCACAUCUUCCUUCCUUUCCUCUGUCUCAUUGUUCUUUCUCUUACAGUCUUUUAUUUUCUUUAUCCCUACCAGAGUAAACCUUAUUCUAAAAAAAACGAUGUUUUUGAUCUGACUCUCUCUUCUACCCCAUGUUUGAUUCAGAGCUGUGGAUGGUUCUGAAUUUUUGAAUUUCUCAAGGGAAGAAAUCUGUUUAAGAGCUCUCUUUAUUUCAAGCAUGUUGGAAAGGGUUUUGCAACAUGGCUUGGGAGUACAGUGAAAUAAAUCACGGAUUUGACAAAGGAGAUAUUUGAACUGUUGCAGUUCAUUGUACAGGGCAUGGUCAUUUUUUUUCACCUUCAAAAUUCAGUUUACAGAAAAACCCCAAGGUCAUGUGGCCAUCACAACUUCUAACAAAUUUGUUUUAGCACCAGCAUUAUUCAUACAAGGGUUAAAGUAUUGUUUCUUGGAGGUCUUAGAUUUUGUUUGUUUUUUAAUUUGUUAAGACCUUUUUUUUUUGCCAGUUUCCAUUUACUGUGAAUAGACACAGCUAAAACUUGGAGCUGUAAAACACAGGGCGGUUUAUCAAUUCAUUUUUCUGUAGUAAAAUUCAAUUUUUCACAAAUUAUAUUUCUAAAGAAAUAUAGUAGACAUAAUUUGCAACAAUUUUAAAACUCCAAUUUUUACAUGACUCAGAGAAAGUCGCUGUGUCUAUGAAUAGCUCUUGCUUGAUGCCAUCACCGAAAGUCUCCAGUGCUGUUUCCUACAGAGAGUGCCCGAGGUGGAAACUUUUGCCUCUCUUUGUCCUGGCUGCUCUUCCUGUCAGAAGUCUCUGUUCCCUCGGAGAGGAGGAGUCACUGGGUCACGCCUUCAACCACCUGUAUCCCUGGGAUUUAUGCAUGCCUUGAUAGCGUAUUCUUAUGGAUCGGUUUCAGUUUCUUGCAAUAAUUUUUGAAAUCCACAUAUAUCCCAUUUGUUCAAAUGAGAGCCAUGCAUAAAGAUUACUCUUUCUUUUAAAUUCAGCGCUGACCAUUCAAAACUGUCAUGCUUGAUAUGGUGCAGAAGUUAAAAGGAGUAUCACUAAACAUGCCUUCUCUUUAUGAACUUCACUGAAACUGUGUCUUGACAUUCUAGGUGUGUGACGGCCCAGGCAAGUUUGUCCAAAGAACGAAUAAAACUUUAUUGAAAUCAUUUAGACACCUGUGUACCAGCAACAGUUGAUUUCAUAGACCUAGAGUGUCUGUGCCACCCCUUAGAAUAAACGUUCACCAUUUUCCUGACCCUAAGAGGCAGUCGCACAAGUUUUGUGUGUAUUCCUAUACAAAUUAUUUCUAAUUUUAAUUAGAAGGACAUGACCGUAAGGGAUAUUUGUACAUACUUGUCAUUAUGCAGUAUUUAUUUAAAAGUCGAUGUGUUUUUUUUUAAUUUUCACACGUCUGCGCCUCGACUUGUGGUUUAGUUGUGUAAAUAGCACUAAGCCAGUGAUCACUGCUGCCCUGUACAUAGUGUAUUUUAAUGUAAAGGGGAUUCCAGUCAGGAGAAAAAGGGCAGAUGUUUCCUGUAACAAACACCAACUAAUGUAAGUCAACUUCAUUCUGGUGAUGGUGUUUAACACUUUAAAUAAACCAUUUUCUUUAU